CUUCAGUUUCGCAUAUGUCGUCAGUAUCCACCUACUACCGUACAGGAGCAUCAGCCUCUGCGCGUCAGCUGUCUGCGAACGUUGAGCGACCUGAAAGACGACAGCAGCAGAGUUCUACCACAACAUCAAGAAGAAGCAGCUCGCACCAGGUAGUGUCCUCUUCGUCAGCGACGGAUAUGAUUACGGGUGACAAGGAGAUGAGAAGUGUGAGUGUCGCCACAGCUAUUAGAAAUAGAAGCGAUGUGGAUGACGUCGAUUCCCCGUCACUAGAGGGACCACGGGGCCCUCUUGUGGCUGUCACGGAUUUCUACCUGAAGAGCCCAGUGAAAGAGGCGGAGACGAAGCCGGCGGAGUCAUCUGCCAUAUCGUGUGACCCCGACGAGCACCAUAAACGACACGAGGACGAAGCGAUCUUCCAGGAACAGCAACAACAUCAAGAUGAAGCAGUAACAACUGCAACAACUACAGUUGCGUCGAGUGCUCUUCGCAGCUCCUCCUCGUCAUCAGCGGGCCUGAGUCAGGGCCUGAGGGAACACAGUAGCAAAUUAACACAGGUGAGCGUGAUCGCCGCAGCAAUGAAAGCUGAAGAGAUGAUGCAUCUGGAGAGAGGAGCGGCUGAAGAAUGUGCGACCGCAUCUAGCACGUAUGAAACGAAAAAGUGCACUCACACUCAAGAUUUAAGUAGGAAAAUAGUAGCCACUUUUUUUGAGUGUGAGUGCACUUUUUUCUUUCAUAGCGCGGCAGCUUCUAGUACUGCAACGAGUAGCACGACAGGGGCGCUGCUUUCUCCUGGGGGUGCAAAUCUCAAUAACGCUUUGGGUACGAUAGAUCAUCAUCAUAGUACAGUCAGUUGCAUUGCAGCGCGAGACAACCACAACAGUGCAGCAGACGUCGAGCUUCUACAGUACCACGGCGAGCCAGGAGCAUUAGCAGUAUCUUCGAAUGAGAACGACAUUGAAAUUAAUGUUGAUGUCGUAGCGCCUUCGAGUAAUCAUGCCAUCACAAAACCACGGCCAGUCGUCCCACCUGUUCCGAUACCACCACUGGAGCUCCUUUCAGCAUCCUCUAGCCCGUCUGAAGAAAGAUCAUCUGCGGUUCCUGCCUAUCAUGUCGAUAAAGCGAUGGGUGCAAGGACCACGGUGGCUAGUACCGCACGCGGGUCACCAGCAGGCGACCGCGAUACCGACAGCAGCAGAGUUGUCAAUAGCAGAGUCAAUAGCUUGAGUCAGGAUGGAACAGGAAGGACGACAACUGGAGGUGUAUCAACAGUCUCUGCUCCUGGAGGUCCAGUUACAAGUAGUAGGAGUGCCUGCAGCACAGGCUCCGGCGCAGCUCGUUGUACAAGUAGUUCGUCAUCUUCUGGCAGUACGUCUAGUAGUCUUCAUCAUCCACCCUCCGCAACCCCUCGAGUGCUGACGCCGCGAGAAAAGCGCAGAAGAGAAAGACUCGCGGACCUGCCACGCUUGCUUAGACUCGUGAAAGCUCGUGUAGACAGGUUUUUCCACGGCGAUUUCCUUCCUGACUGCUGCGCUCGAUCACCCGUGUACGCGAUGGCGCCAACGGAGUGUGCGCAACAUCGUGCAUUGUGGAACUUUGUUCUAGAGAAAGUAGCCAUUUCUCCACCGGGGAAUAGUUUCUCUGAUGCCACGACCGCAAGUGCGAUGCCCAGCACAGCUCCUAUGUUUCACGACAGGGAGCAGGAAGCACAAUAUUCCUGCAGCUCAUCAAGUUCCUCUUGUAGUACGAGUUUUCAUCAUGGUCAUGCUGUAGAUGACUUUCAAGAGCCACCAUCUCGGAAGUUGGGACAACAUCGUCACAGCCGCGCCAUCACGAGCACAACACCUAUAGGGGGAUUUUGCGCUGCCUUAGCGAUGCUAGCGGAAUUGCAACGACAAGCUUCUUCGCUUCCUGGCAGCAACAAUCUUCAGAACCAGCAUCUCCAACAAGCGCACAAACUUCAGCAACAAGAGCACCAGAUGAACAUGUUGUUACCUCAACAAGAACAGCUAGUCGAUACUAGUGAAGCCAAUCACCGUCUCAAGUUUGUUGGGGAGGAUAGUAGUUGCCUGAUCGUGAACAACUCUACUAGCAGAGAGCCGUCACCACUGGAUGGCUCUUUUGGUGUCGGUGAAGAGAGAAAUCGACGAACGACUCGCCAGGACAGCGGGCUCUUCAACACUGGCACGACAGGUAGUGCACACUACAGUGGAGGUCUAACGCCACUUCUAGCAGUACCAGGGGCAACCGCAGGAAUGACUGCCGAACACCUUUCGCGGCUUCUAGAUGGGAAUCCUGCUGCUCGCAUUGUGAUGGACCGGCUUGUAGAGUUAGAAGGAGCAGGGGACCGGAUAUCAGGCAGCGCGGUGAUGAAGAGCAAGCUGAACCGCCUGCGGGCAUCGUCGAGCAGAACUCGACGUCAUCGAUCAACUGAUGUUACUAGUACAAGGAGGUGCUCAUCUUCAGGUGGUGAGGUCGAUCGAGUUCGAGAAAGACAGAGGAUAGAUAGAGCUACUGCAGUCUCUAGAAAUAAUGGCGUCGAAGAGCUUGAACGGGCUGCAGCCACGUUGCAACGACGAAGCACGAGAAUGAUGAGGCACCAGCUUUAUCCGCCUCAACCUUCACGAACACCAACUACAACUACAUUUGAUCCUUUGAAACAUCAGGGAAGAUCAACCACGUCAACGCUGGACAAAGUACAAGAUGCACUUCUCCCGUCAAGUAAGAUCAUCGGGCGAAACGUAUCAUCUUCAACAGGAGGAGGACUUGCACCUGCAUCUUCUUCAACACGACUAGCAACUACCACAGGAGCAUCAGCAGGAUUAGUGUCAGCAUCAGCCAGUUCGUCUUGCGUGGACGUGAUGCUUCGCACACGAAUGUGGACACCAAAGAGACCGCAGAUCUCCUUCCUAGACCCUACACGCUUGUGCGGUGGCUUCGAAGCGCUUAGUCUGUGGAGUAUGAAGUGGCGACCUGUUGAUAUUGUUGAGGUUCUCACAAGCACUAAAAACGCAGAGCAGCUCGUCCGAGUGCACUAUCGUGGAUACGCUCACAAAUACGAUGAGCUAAUCCCAGAUAAUGCUGGCCGCUGUCCUGUGCGUUUGCGGCCCUGUCUCAGGGGAAAUUUGUUUGAUCAAGAGACGAAGAACAACAACAAUCUUCAUGCUGAAGAUUCCAAUUCCGAACAUCAUCCUCAAUUACGGGACUUGGCUGCUGAAGUUCGCAAACAGAGACAAAAGACUUGGAGAUUCGUCAUUCCAAGCUCACAGGGUGGAAAACAGGAGGACGAUGAAAAGGAAGCAGAUCAUCGUGAAGAAUGGAAAAGCGCAGUCGUGAAGAAUGGAUGUAGACGAAAUAGUAAGAUUAAGGCUCAGCUUUCAAUGGUCAUUGGGGUUGGUCACUGGCGACCCCUUGAGGAAAGAUGGGGGGAAAACAAAGGGAAAGGGGAGAGCUUUGAAGGGGGUCCCUUCCGUUCAGAGUCAGUGACCAUUGAAGGCUGAGCUUUAAUAAGAGUCGAACGUCUUGUUCAAAUUCACGGACGGGGAUACGGUUCACGUCUACCUCUGCUCCAGCGGCCUAUGAUAGGAAGAAUCGGAAGCGAUGGAGCACUCAGCUCGAUGACCUGGUGAAGAUGUUUUACUAGAAAUAGAGAAGUCAAAGUGGCAUAUACAGAUCCAGUAUUCAACCUAGGAAAUUCUCCUUAUAAUCAUACGAUAUUCUUGGUGUCGUAGAGGUACUGUCAAAACAAGUUCUUUGUCUUUCAACAUGAUUCCUUCAGGGCACAUCAACGAAUUACACGACAGUGAUCAUGACCAUCAUCAUGUUGUCAUAUACUACGUUUAAUAUUUGCUGCUUAUCUUCCUGAAACUGGAAGCGCGUUGAGCCGACGUCAUCGAUUCGGCAGGGAAGAAAAGAAACCAUUUUUUGUAGUAUUAGUUCUUGUACAAGUAAUACAUCUGAAUUAGUCUAGACAGAGACACAGUCAACACGGUAAUAAUCGGCUCGCCCGUAGUUACACUUACAGUAUGAACACGUUAAAAGAAUUAGGUACCUACUAUCUAGAGGUAGAAGAUAGAGAAACAAAAAUAGACCACGAAGGACAAACUACGUUUGUUGCUUUUGUGUCCUCUCCAUGCAAUUGAUUCCGAGUCAUUUUUGUGCUUUGGAGAUACACACAAGCUACUAGAGCAGACGAGAAGCUGCUCGAGAUGAAGCUCUAUGUGAGCUCUUUUUAGACUAUGCCAUGUAAUACUAAUAUUUUUUUAGCAUAAUAUAUAAGUUUAUGAAGACUAAGUUUGAAGCAGGUCGUUGUAAUCAUGUGACAUUGCCAUUGCGUUAGAAAAACAGAUACUGCUACCUUUCCAGGCGAGUCGGCGACUUUUAUUGCUGGACCGACUACAUAGAGUAGAAGAUUUUUUAGACCAGGUCUAGCUGCACGAGGCCUUGCCCUUCUCUUUCUUUUCAUUGUAUUCAUUCUCACUCUUCCUUUAGAAUUUCUUGCCAAUCAAUAUAAAUCCUGCCUCGCCGAGAAAGAGACACGAACACAGUUGCAUCUGAAUACCUGCUCUUGCUUUUUGCAAAAGCGGAGCAAAGCCUGCCAAAAAUCGCAUGCCAGAUCACUCUUAGUCUUAAUUUUUGUUGAAGUUGGCUUUUUCUGGAGAAAGCCGAAGUUCAGGAAAAGCAGACCGUGC